CCAACUCUCAUCCGACUUUCCCAUUCGUUGGUAAAUGUCUCUACCCUCUCGAUUGGAGACGGAGUCCUGAAAAACCUUCCUUCGAGCUUAAACCCUCCUUCCAUGGACUCCCUCCAAGCCACCUACAGAGACGAGGACGAAGAAGAUGAAGAAUCCGUACAUCGCUUCGCCUCCCCCACUCCAACUCCUAAUCCCGACCUCGCCACCACCGAACUGCCACCGCCGUCCAGCGCUACCACUGCUAUUGGACCCCAAAACGACUCCAAACCAGACCCCAUUAGCUCCGAAUCCGAAGAUCCGGCUUCCUCUGACACCAACAAAUCCCCCAGAUCCACCCACAACGUACCCACCGAGAACGACAACGACAAAGAAAAUGACAACGAUGACACGACUACCACAACCAAUACCACCAACAACAACAACGACGAGGAGGAGGAGGAGGACGAAGACGACGACGAAGACCCUCCUCCCAAGAAGCAGAAACCCCUUUCAUCCCUCACUACCCUGCCUACAAUAACCAAUCACCAACAUAACAAUGCUGUCCCGAUGGUGGCCGAAGCGAACCCUCCAACGACGACGCCGACAACAACCGCAACCACCGCGAAGAAAUCGAAGAAGAAAAACAAUAACGUGUGGGCCACGAAGUCGACCCGCAAAGGAAAGAAGAAGAACAAGUCCAAUAACCUCCACAAUGCCCCGGCAGAGGAAACCGUCCUCAUCACCCCGAUCCAGAAGUUCCCGGAUAAGUCCGACGAUACCCCGGACAUGAAAAUAUGCCUCUCGAAGAUCUACAAGGCCGAGAAAGUUGAAUUGAGCGACGACAGAUUGAGCGCCGGGAGUGCCAAGGGUUAUAGGAUGGUUAGAGCUACCAGAGGAGUCGUGGAGGGAUCUUGGUACUUCGAGAUAAAAAUUGUCAGACUGGGAGAAUCGGGGCACACGCGCCUCGGGUGGUCGACCGAGAAGGGAGACCUCCAGGCUCCGGUUGGGUACGACGGGAACAGUUUCGGAUACAGAGACAUUGAUGGGAGCAAGGUGCACAAGGCGUUGAGGGAGAAGUAUGGGGAAGAGGGGUAUAAGGAAGAGGAUGUUAUUGGGUUCUAUAUUAACUUGCCGGAGGGUGGUUUGUAUGCGCCCAAGCCCCCGCAUUUAGUAUUGUACAAAGGGCAGAGGUAUGCAUGCGCACCGGAUGUCAAGGAGGAAGCCCCAAAAGUGGUCCCUGGUGUAUUUUCUGUUCUUUUUUUAUUUCCUUGCAAAAUGGGAACCAGAAAGCUGGAAUUAAGAAUGGCCGGGGAAAAUGCUGCAUGUGAAAAUGAGUAUGGUUUUUAACGUGACCCUUCUCCUGGGUUAACAGGAACAGAAAGUGUCCUCUAUGAGAGAAGAUUAUGAACUCUGGAGUCCAAGCAUGAUUUGACCUUUUGAAAACUUUUAACUUUAAUUUCAAUCCGGUUAGUAGGGUGUUUAAAAGAAAUGGUGCUUAAAUUUCAGUAUAAGAGGGCACUAGAGCUUUGUAUUACUCCUGACAGUGAUGGCAAAGAGGCGGGAACCCUAUUGAAGUAACUAGCUUUUGUUUGACCCUGGCUGGCCAAUCCCAAUGGGAAUGAAAAACACCUUAGUUUUUUUGAUUGCGAGAAUCUCUGGCUAAGAGUCCUUGCAUGCAAAAACUAUGCAUUCUUUACCAACUAUUGUAUUACAUAUUAUUUCAAAAUUUUCUGGUUAGAUGAGUAUUUUUCUAACUAUUUCACUGUUAAGGCAGUGACAGACUCUUUUUAGCGUCCAAAUUGUGUUUUCUCAUUGGAAAGGUCUGUAUUCACUUCGUGUGCAAAUAUUGUCUCUUCCAUGCAGGAAGUGAGAUAUCUUUCU